AGGAACCGCGGGGCACGCCGGGAGCAGAUGCGUACAUUGAGAGUCACUGCGUCGAGGCGGGUGUGAGAGGAGAGUGUGUGUGGCACACGCUUGGUGUCGUUCUCUCCCAUCCUCACCUCCUCUGUGUCCAGGCUGGUGUCCAGUGGUGACAGCAUUGAUUCCUCAAGAGGGGUUGGCGGUGGAAGACUAUAGGAAGUAUCCUCCCUUCGCUGGGAGAAGGGGAAGGAUCACAUGUUCUAAGUCAUCCUCGGCUACGUAUCCUGUCUUAGUGCCUUUGUGCGUACACGCAUGUUUGUGUGUGCAUGUGUGAAGGCCAGGGGACCACCUCAGAUGGUAUUCCUCAGGCCAUUUCUACUGUUCUGAGACAUGGUCUCUCACCACCCUGGACCUUGCCUAUAGACUGGCCAGCAAGCUCCAGCAGUCUGCCUGUUUCACCACCCAAGCUCUGCGAGUGUAAGGAUACACCAUCACCCUCCUGAGCUCUGCAAGUGUAAGGAUACACCAUCACCCUCCUGAGCUCCGCGAGUGUAAGGAUACACCAUCACCCUCCUGAGCUCCGCGAGUGUAAGGAUACACCAUCACCCUCCUGAGCUCCGCGAGUGUAAGGAUACACCAUCACCCUCCUGAGCUCCGCGAGUGUAAGGAUACACCAUCACCCUCCUGAGCUCCGCGAGUGUAAGGAUACACCAUCACCAUCACCCUGGCCUCUUCACAUGGGUUCUGGAAUCGAACUCAUGUCCUCAAGCUUGUAAGGUUUCUCUCCACAUGGCUGCCAAGGAAGUAACUGUCACGGUUCGCCUCAUCCGUUCCUUUGAACAUCGAAAUUUCAGACCUAUAGUAUAUCAUGGAGUUAAUUUGGACCAAACUGUGAAGGAAUUUAUACUUUUUCUAAAGCAAGAUGUCCCUUUGAGGACCAGCCUGCCUCCACCACUCAGAAAUUACAAAUACGAUACACUAAAGAUUCUUCAUCAAGCUCACAAAGCAAAGACAAAUGAGCUGGUGUUGGGUUUGGAGGACGACGACACACUCCUACUGAAAGAAGACAGAACGCUGAAGGACUCAGGAAUAGCCAGUGAGACUGAAAUUGCCUUCUUCUGCGGAGGAGAUUAUGAGAGAUACAAGGCUAAUCCCACCUCGUCCUGGUGAGCGUGCCGGCACACCUUCGCAUCCCUUCCUCCACAGUGAGCUUUUUAAAUUGUCAAAUAAAGCUUUAAAAAAUUAAA